UAUAUACUAUCAGACAUUCAGACGAGAGAGGAAACAAUUAAAUUCGUCUGCUAGGAAAACAUGGCGACACUUGAAAAGUCGAACAUUUGUCGCCUUUGUUCUGCAGAUUUUGACAAUGGAAUUCAUAUAUUUGAAUCAAAUAAUUCUUCUUCACAACUGGAUUUAAUUAUCAACCGAUAUUUACCUUUAAAGAUCCUUGAUGAUGGAAAGCUACCCCGGCAGAUUUGUCUAUCAUGCAAUCAAGCAGUGAAAGAUAUUUCAACAUUCUUUGAUGUGUUGACAGCUGGACAAAGAAGAUUGCGGGAACUAUGGAAAGAACAGGUUGAAGCACUAAAGAAGGAAAAAAAGCAAUUGGAAAGAGCUGAGAAUUGUACAGAUAUAAACAGUGAUGCAGAACUAAUCUUAAAUCUUGAUGACCAACCGCUAUUCGAUGGCAAUCAUACAAUUAGCUUAGCCAUGGAGGGUAGAAAAACACCACGUCGAAAACCAGGACGUCCUCGGAAACCAAAACCAACUGAAGUUGAAGUUGAAUUUCUAAUUUCGGACAAUCUACAAAAGUCCAACGAAGAGCAAUCGGCAACAGAAGAUAUCGUUGAUCCCGAGCAGGCUCUGGAACUGAUGUUUAAAGAAGCGGAAGAAAAACGACUUACUUCAGGAGAACUUUCUCGCAUGCGCCGUCGCCGACGACUACCACAAAGAUUUCCAGGUGAAGUACAAGGGAAAGAAUUAGAAGCAAUCUUAAAAGACGAGGGGGUGAUUGAACCAGAUGAAGAAAUUGAAGAAAAUCUUGCUGAAGAAGAAGACGCUGAAAUUGAAGCAAUUGAUCUUCAGUUGAAUCGAGAAAACCAAGAUGAAAUUCAAAGAGAGAGCGACGAAGAAAAUGCCAUUAGUACGAUUGCGGAAGAAAGUGAAGGCGAAAGUUCAGUGGCCCGCAGUCAUAUGCGCAAAAAUACGCCGAAACCAAAGAUGAAGGGUAAAGUUGGCCGACCCAAGAAGCGACGCUUUAUAUGUGAAUAUUGCGGAAAGUCUUUCCUCCAUUCUGGGCAUUUUGAACACCACAUUCGCACUCGACAUGAACAAUCCCAGUUUGUAUGCCUGACGUGUAACGAAACGUACGUUACAAAGGAAGAACUAGUGUUGCACCAAAAUGAAGUCAAACAUACAGGAGAAGGAAUUUCGGAAGUUCAGAACAUGGACGAAAUUGACGGAGAUUUAGAUGAGUCUCAGGGCACAGAAUUUAAAUGCGCAUCAUGCGAAGUAGUUUUCCCGCAGCAAUCUGCCCUGACGAAUCACAUAGUGGAACAACACAUCACGGAAAACAACAACGUGUGUGAUGUAUGUGGCAAGACGUUCUCGCACCCGAGCUCGGUCGUCUACCAUAAAGAGGUGGUUCAUAGUAAAAGUGCGUAUGUGUGUAAAAUUUGCAACAAGGGCUUUAAACAUAAGCAGCUUCUGCAACGACAUAGUUUGGUGCAUUCAGAUGAUCGACCUUUUGUAUGCGAUGUUUGCGGCGCUACAUUCAAGACUCGGGCGAAUUUAUACAAUCAUAGUAAUAUUCACAGUGAAGAGAAGCCUUACCAGUGCACAUUUUGCGACGCCAAGUUUUCGCAUAAAACUUCUUUGAUCCUACACACUCGAUGGCACACCGGUGAAAAGCCAUACGCGUGUAAAUUCUGCGACAAGAGCUUUUCCCAGGGAGGAAAUCUUCAAGAGCAUAUGCGAAUUCACACAGGAGAGAAACCCUUUGGCUGUGAUGUUUGUUCGAAACGUUUCACAACAUCUUCACAGCAUCGGUUACACAUGAAGAGACACACCGGGGAGCGACCGUGGAAAUGUGAAUACUGCGGGAAAGAUUUUCUUCACAAAGAUUCCUGGAAGUGUCACCUUCGUCGGCAUCGUGGUGAAAAGCCCUUCUCUUGCCCUAACUGCCCUCGGACAUUCACAGAACAAUGGGCACUUAAAAAACACGUCCGACUUCACACCGGAGAGAAACCUUACUCAUGCGACAUUUGCAACAAGGCCUUCUCUGACUUGUCUAAUCUACAGAAACACAAAAAGACUCACAAGAAUCAGCAGUCAUCAAUGGAUGACGUUACUAUCACAACGGCUGCUUCCGCCUCGAACGAUGAAUCGGAAAAUGCACUCUCUGCCCUGACUGAUGGACAACACAUCUUUUACGUGACAACUGAUCAAACGCAAUUAGUACGAUUAAUUAGUACGAUUGGUUCAGAAGAGAGCGGCUUGAUGUCAGAUGGCACUAUUCAGUAUUCAUCCAUGAUGGAAAAUGGAGUUGCUAUGGUACAACUGGACGAAGAAGAAUCACGGCAUUUAAAUGUCGAAUUGCAAACAGAUCAGACUGAUGAUUCUGAAAGCGUCUUGGCCAUUGUUGGAGAUGAUAACACCGACCAAGUGCGUCAAGCUAUCGAAAUCACUACUGAAGACGGUCGGCGUGUCACUCUGCUCAUCCCGGCCAAUGGUGAUUCAUGUGAAAUAGCUCCUGACUAUUAAAUAUUACGUCAAAAGUAAACUUGUUUUGCCAUUGUCAACAAUCCGUAUUGGAUCAAUUAGUUCAAUAUUGUUAAACUUGAAAUCUGACAAGCCAAUUUUUGCACGGGAUCUUUUGAUGCAUGAAGUUUAGUGUCAUUUGUACGUCCUAACCAAUUAUGUCAAUGACGGACGACAUAUUCGUAAGUUAAGUAUCAAAAAUCCUUAUUGCGCCUCGAAUCCUUUGCUUCAAAAUCGAUACUUUACUUUUAUUUCAAAAUCGAUACUUUACUUUUAUGUGUGGCAUUUCCAAGAGUGAUUGAUGCCCAAGUUCCAAAAUAAAGUCCACCAGAGCUACUACGCAA